UUUGAGCCGACUCCAAGAGAGGUGGGGAGGUUGGAGCGGGAUUCCAGAAGUGGCUGGUUGCGUCAUGCGUCGCGUGUGGGUGGUAGUGGUGGUUUAUUUGUUUCAUUCCGCUAUGUAUUAGUCGAGAGAGCAGAGAAAGCAUUGCUAACCCCACUUUCUCCUCCCCCACGUUGCUAGCAAUGCGACUUCGUUCUCAAUACCUUAGUGCACGCGGUUUUGUACGCGGUGUCUAGUAACGGCUCGUUAUAAUAACGCGAAACGGGCUCGCACGCGGGACAGCAGCCAUGGCGUCGGAAAUGAAGCGCAACACGGACGCCGACGGGCUCUCCGUCGCGUUCGGUCCGGAAGGCACUCUCGCGCACCGCCGAUUAUUCUUCGACGACGAUUUCCAAAUUAUCUCCCCCUGGCACGACUUACCUCACCGCGCCGCGGACGACGGCUUUAAUUUCCUCUGCCACACGCCGAAAGGCACAUCGACGAUGGUCGAGGUCGCGGAUGACGAGGACUACAAUCCUAUUCGCCACGUGGCGCGAGACGGAAGCGCGGCGCGAUACACGGCGACGGCCACGUGGAACAUCGGAAUCGCGACGCAGACGUGGCAGGAGCCCAAGGAGGAGUGCGACGUGGGAAACGGCCGGCUGCUGCCGUUCGCGGGCGGGCCCGUACGCGUUAUAGAGGUCGGCGGUACGGUUGCGAGACCGGGGCAGCUGUACUCGGUGCGGCCGCUGGGCGCGUUCGCGACGAUUCGCGAAGACGAAGGGACGGUUUCGUGGACGGUUAUCGCGCUUUCGUCGAACGACGCGUGGGAGCAUCUGCUGAAGAAUAUCGCCGAUCUGCAGCGGGAGAAGCCAGGCGAACUCGAACGAAUGAAAAAAUGGCUCAAAACAGCCGAUUCCCGCCAUCUCAUAACCCUGGGAUUCAAUGAGCAACCGCAGAACCGGAAAGCGGCCGUCGCGGCGCUAACCGCCGCGCACGCCGCGUGGGAAGCCAAACGCGGCAUCCUGGCUCGGUUCCCAAACCUGGACCUCCCGUCCGGCGCCGAAGCUCCUCCCGAACCUGUGCUGCUCCAGGAAAUCUGGGCGCCUACUAUCGAGUGGUACUUAGACGAGUCGGGAACUACUAUGGAGGAGUGUAUUAAAGCGGGGCAUGGGGGGGGGAGCGUAGGGGGCGGCGGGGGAGGUGGGGGAGGCGGGGGAGGUGGGGGGAGCGGGCUGGGGCACUCUAUAACGAGUAUAGGGAGCACCGUUGGGGGAAUUAGCGGGAAUAUCGCCCAUUCCAUUAGUAAGGGGGUCAGCAAGAAGGGGAUAGUUGGCGGAAUCACCCACACUGUUGGGGGUAUUGGGGGGCUUGGGUCGCGACGGGGGUUUAUGGGGAAGAGCCGGAGGAGCAGCAGUAAGGCGUUGAGGGAUUCAGCAGCAGAAGCAGAAGCAGAAGCAGAAGCAGAAGAGGAAGGGGAAGAGAGUGACAGCAGCAACAGCACCAGCGGCAGCAAGAGCGGUAAGUUUACUGGUAGGAGCGGCAGCGAGUCGACCGGCAAAAGCGGCCAUGGUUUCACUCACAGCAGCAGCAGCAUUGGUGGUAGUAACGCCGCCACCACCAGCAGCGAUACCGGCGCCAGCAUCUCCACGACCAGCUGCAGUGCUAGCGACGACAUGCAAUCGGUAAAAAACGCUUCUCCGACUGCUUUAGGAGAGUCGUUCGCCAGGAGCCACUCGGGAGCUUCAUUCGCCAAGAACCACUCAGGGAAGCUAGGAGGCUCCUUUGCCGCUCUAGGAGGCGGGCUCUCUAAGAUUGGCGGAGCCGCGAGCGGGGCGGUUUCAUCUGUGAAAGGUGCGGUGGGAGGGGCCGUUACAACUGUGGGUGUUACAACUGUCGGUGGGAAAGUGGGGGAUGCAGUUACAACUGUUGGUGGGAAAGUGGGGGGUGCAGUUACAACUGUCGGCGGAAAGGUGGGCGGUGCGGUUUCAUCUGUCGGAGAGGCAGCCAUGUCAAAAGUGGAGGGAGUGGUAUCGGGAGGAUCGGGGCGGGAAUCUCUUUCGGGGCGGGAUGUAGGGUCACUAGGGUUAGUUCAGGUGCAUGCGGGUAUGAGAAAUAGGCAGAGAACGAGCCUAAGCUUAAACAGGGACGAGAGUAGGGACGGCCCAGAAGCAGAUGUAACGUUGAAUAAAGACGCCUUUGGGGGACAAGUGAUGAUUGAGGGAGGUGUGGGGAGUGGAGGGAGAGUGGACGACGGGAGAGAGGGGGAGCUGUCUGGUGGGGAGGAAGUGAAAGAGGUGGUGAACGAGGAAGCUUCUGAGAAGACGCUGCAUGCACUCUCUCCGCGCGCGCUGCCUCGCUUGAAAAUCCAGGACAGUAGCGGAGGAGAGGGGGAGGAGGAGGCGGGGGAGGAGGAGGGUGAGAGGGAGGAGGGAGAGGGAAUGAUGUGGGAGGGGGACAAUGAGGAGGGUUCGGGGGAAUGGAGGGGGGAGGAGCAGGGAGAGGAUGUGAAGAGGGUGGUUGGAGAGGAGGGAGGGCAAUCCCCCAUGCACACAGAGCAGCAGCAGCAGCAUCACGAUACCCAUCACCAUCAUAAGCGCCACGGCUUGCAUCUGCCGCACUUCCUCCGCAGCCCCAAGCGCAGCCCCAAAGGAGGAGGAGGAGGAGGAGCAGCAGCAGCAGCAGCAGCAGCAGCAGCACCAUCAUUAUCACCCCCGUUGCCUCUACCACCCUCACUGUCCACCCCUCUACCCCCACCUCCAGGAUCCCUCUCCGCCCCUCUACCAACCCCAUCAUCCCUCUCCACCCCUCUGCCACCACCUCCAGGUUCCCUCACAGCUAACUCUCAUGCCCAAGCCGCAGCUCUACCCCGUCCUCCAGGCUCAGGCGCCGAGCCUACGCCCCGAGCCUACAUCCCUGUCAGCCGGUCCACAGACGAGCCUCCUGCCAAGGUUCGGGCUGUCAAAGCGAGGCUUCUCUCGCCUCUGAGCCCCCGAGUGGGGAGGGCAAGGGGGGAAGGAAGGGUGGGUGGAGGAUUGAUCAGUCCUAAGGGGUUCGGGGAUGGGGGAGGGAGGGGAGAUAUGAGCCCUGGUUGGGGGAGUGGGGAGGUAAUUGGUGGGCUUAUCAGCCCUAGGUUCGGGGGACGGAGCUCUAGCCACGGGGGGGGAAGCUCCAGGCACGGGGAGGGGAGCCCUGGCCACGGCAGAAAGAGCCCUAAGAACCUCUUAGCUAGCGCAUGGAGCAAGUUAAAGAGCCCAAAAGGAGGGGAUAAGAGCCAGAACGAGUUCAGGAGCAUGGGGGACCAGCAGCAGCAGCACAGCAGCUGGAGCGAACGAAGCCGCCGUGAAAUCCCCCAUAUAAGCCCCCAUAUAGGCCCCCAUAUAGGGCCCCAUAUAAGCCCCUCUGGCAGUCCCGCUAACAGCCCAUCUAAAAGCCCCACCUCUAGAAGCAUCUUCGCCAGAAGCCCAUUUUCUUCUAAGAGCCCUCGUGCUGCCAAUCCCAUGACUAGUCCCCUGGCCGAGCGCCCACUGCCCAAGUGCUUCACUCGCGCUCACAAGAGAGAAGAGAACCAAAGUCCUGAGACAGGGGAGGUGAUAACUCCCAACCAAGGGCUGCCGAGUGCUGAGGGAACUGCCGAAGCUGCUGCCGAGCCUGGAAGGAGCCGCAGAGCAGUUUCUCCUGCUGUGGCUGCCGCCGCCGCUGCUGCUUCUGCUGCUUUUGGUGGUGUUGCUUCUGAUGCUGCUGCUGUGGGUGCUGCUGCGGGUAAGAGGGAAGGAGGGGAGAGCGUGGAGGGUGUGACGGCAUACAAGCAAGAGGCAGACGUUGUCCUAGCAGAGCAAGAGCAAGACGGGCAUCCGGAGCAACACCAGGAGCAGCAGCAGCAGCAGCAGAAGGAGGAGGAGGAGCAGCAGCAGCAGCAGCAGCAGCAGCAGCAGCAGCAGCAGCAGCAGCAGCAGCAGCAGCAGCAGGAGGAGGAGCAGCAGCAGCAGCAGCAGGAGGAGCAGCAGCAGGAGCACGUGGUAGAGGCGCCAAGGCCGCAGCGGCCGAGGAAAAAGCACAUGGGAGAGGUGCUUCUGGAGCAGCAGCAGCAGCAGCAGGGGCAUCAGGGGCAGCAUUCGGAACAAGAGGGGCAGCAGCAGCAGGGGCAGCAGUGGCAGGAGUACCACCCACCACAGAUAAUUUUCAGUGCAGAGUGGAGGCACGAGAGAGACGCGAAAUACAGGGAGGAACGGGAGAGAGAGAGGGGGAGGGAGAGGGGGAGGGAUAAGGACAGGGCAGCGGAGAGAUCAGACCAGCAGCUAACAGGAACAGCAGCCAGGGUAUCCAGUGCGGCAGCAGCAGCAGCAGCAGGAGCAGCAGGAGCAGCUGUAGACGGAAAAAUCACCGCAGAAAAGCCUAGGAAAUCGGCACUGAAGCGCGUUGUGACUCCAAAAGAGGCAUCGGAGCGCGGGCUUGAGAAGGAUGGGUCGGCCAAAGUAGUGAAAGUGGUGGUCUUCGAUGAUGACGUCAUGGGGGGUGAAGGAGCGGGACUGGGAGUGGGAGGAAGUGGAGAUGGUGUAGAAUCAACAGCCGUGCCUCGGGAUCUGCCUAAAGUGGUGAAAGUUGUGGUUUUUGAUGAUGACUCGGUGCAGCAAGGGGAGGGAGGGGGGGGCUCAGGGGCGGAACGAGGGGACGGGUUGGGAUUGAGAGAGCCAUCAAAGGAGUUGCCUAAAGUGGUAAAGGUGGUGGAGUUUGAAGAUGUGGGGGAGGAGGGGGAGGGAGGGGAGGGAGGGGAGGGAGAGGAGGGAGGGGAGGGAGGGGAGGGAGGGGAGGGGAGAGGGAGAGUAGGAGCAGCAGCAGCAAGUAAAGUGGUAAAGGGGGUGGAGUUUGAAGACGCGUGGGAGGAGGGAGGCGGGAGAGGCGAGGUUGGUCCGGGUGCAGGUGUAGCUGGGGAAGGUUCCGCUGGGGCGGUGAGUUGGGGGGGCGAAGGGACAGCUGAAGGGAGUGCUGCUGAUGGUGCUGGUGGCAGAGCUGCUGCUGCUGCUGCUGCUUCUGCUUCUACUGGUGGUGGUAGCAGUGCUGCUGCUGCUACUGCUUCUACUGGCGGUGGUGGCAAUGCUGCUGGUGCGGAUGCUGGUGGCAGCUGGUUCAGCUGGAAUUGGUGGGAUCAAGAGCAGCAGCAGCAGCAGCAGCAGCAGCAGCAAGAGAAACAGCAGCAGCAGCUGGCGUCAACAGAUGCUGCAGCAGCAGUGGGCAGUUGGUUUGGUUGGGGCAGCAGUAGCAGCAGUACCAGCAGCAGCACCACCACCACCACUGCAACGGAUUCUAUUAAAGAUAGGGCGAGGAGGCAGAGGGAGAAGUUUCUGCAGAAGGUUCAGCAGACGGAAGGGAGGGAUGGGAGGAAAGGGCAGGAGGGGGAGGGGGUGGGGGGGGGACCGUGGGAGAGGGUGUGGGAGAGGGUGUGGGAGAGGGUGUGGGAGAGGGUAUGGGAGAGGGUGUGGGAGAGGGUGCGGGAGGAGAUGGAAAGGGGGAGGCGGAAAAGGUGGAGGGGGGGGUGGGGACCCUAGAUUCGAUGACUUCGCCUGAUGGUUUGACAUCAUCAUCUGCAGCAGCAGCAGCAGCAGCAGCAGCAGCAGCAGGAGAAGCAGCAGGAGGAGAAGCAGCAGGAGGAGAAGCAGGAGGUGAAGGGGGAGGAGCAGCAGCAGCACCAGUAGCAGCAGCAUUAGGGGCAGGGGAGGGAGUAAGAGAAGGUGAUAAAGGAGAGGUGGCA